AAACUACGUCAAGUUGACAAAGUUGUUAACGCGAAGAAUUAUGAGAAGUACGGAUAAUACAGUUUUAUGGGCUAAAAUAGGGCAAGUUAAGUUUCUGGGUUUAAUAUCUAAAGAUGUUCUUUGUUAUGGUAACGGCUGUGUUGCAAAGUUUUACCAUCUCAAUACCAAAGAUGAAAAAAUGAUGGUGGCAAAUUCGCCAAACGGAAACGGAGACGGUAUUAACGAAGUUAGAGGACAUAAAACUCAUUAUGUUUUCGCGUAUGCAGAAAAUUGCAACAACGCUCGUAUAUUCGUAAAGAAUUAUCCCAAUUUCGAAACUAUUCAGAUAUUUCGUGAGCCGGCUUCGGAAGGAUACAUUAGUAUAACAUUCGCAGAAACUUCCUUGUUGAUUACUUUAGGGGAAUUGCCCAAGUUUACGAUUACUGUUUGGAAUUGGAGAACCAAUAGGAAAUUAGCAGAAUUGGACACUGAUAUGCAUACGAGAGAUCAGCGUAUAAGAUGCAACUGGAACAAACCCGUUCAUAUGGUUCAAUUCGGAACGGGAACAAAUGAGGUAUAUUUUUGGGAUUUGCUAACUUGUUGCAAAGAAGUGAGAAUAUGUCAACACGCUGUAAAAUGCGGUCACAUGGAGAACUUGUCAACUUUCGCGCAUGCUAUGUGGACUACAGAAGGAGGAGUUUUCAUGUGUGAUAAAAAUGGCAGCUUAUAUACCAUCGAUUUGGAGUAUAACUUAGAACGAGUAGUGGAAAACUCGAUCGAAGGGUCAACGUUGCCAAGUUUAACGUGGUAUAAGAACGGAAUUGUGGUGUCCGGUCCUGAUAGCGUUCUUAGGCACUAUACGAAAAAAUCGGGUACGUGGUCAUGCGAUUGGACCAUAAAUUUAAAACAAUCUCUGUACAGAAUAUUGUCAGUUAGAAAUGACUAUCUGAUCGGCGCCGAUGCCGACGGGGAAAUAAUAAAAUUGAGCGAAAACGAAGAAUCUUAUUUGUGCGAUUCCUCAAUGGCGGUCACAGACAUCAUUAUCGUUUAUCCAAUGGGAGAUUACAUGGUGGCGUUAAGAAAACAAAUCAUACUUACAGUGUUUGAAGUGGAAACGGGAGCUCAGAUAUCGACGAUGCCUUUGAAAUCGGUAGCGUUAGCUUUGAAUUCGAAUCCGGUGUAUCCUUAUAUGGCGGUGAGCUGCAAAAACGGCGUAUUGGAACUAGUAUCGGUGUAUAAUCCGGAAAAAUUGCGUAUCAUGUGCGAUUUUCAUCUAACUCAUAAUCCUAUUCAAAAAAUCAAAUAUUUCGAAAAAGGAAGAAUUUUGGUGACAGCUUAUUUAGAUAAAGGAGAUAUGUUUAUAAUCGAGGGUCUUCCGGGAACACAAAUGAGAAUAGUAGCACACGUAGAAGUAAAUUCACAAGUAGCCGAUUAUAGUCUUGUAGCUUCUAAACAUUGUUAUCGAUUAUUCGUAUUACCGGUAACGUCGAAACAUCUCGCCGGAAACAAAAUCAUCAGAUAUUGUAUUGUCGAUAACGAAAUAUUGAACGUUAAAGAAUAUUAUUUCGAUAAACAAUUAUAUGCUUACAUAAAACCAACUAUAAGACCAGAUAGAGAUAGGGUUUUUUAUGGUAUACCGUUCGCUUCUAGAAAUGUACACGAAUUGGAAACAAAAAGAGGAGAAGAUUCUGUGAAAAUAAUCCGUGAAAUAAAAAGCGGUCAUCAACUUAGAUUUUUCGAAAUGAGAAUUUUGGAUAACAACACGUGUACGACGUGGGGAUUUGACGGUUUCGUUUUCAUAAGAGAUUCGAAUUUCGAUAGACAGUAUGCGGUGGUUGUGGCACACCAUCGAUAUCAGGGAGGCGUUAAAGAAGCGUACGUCGAUCCUUUGGGUAGACACGUUAUCACGUUAGGACGGGACGGUGUAACUUGUUGUACGAAACUCGAUAACGAAAACAUCGAUGAAAGUCUAAUGCGCGAUAUGAAAAUGACCAUAAAUUCCGAUAAAUUCGCAUUGAUGUUUAAGAGACCGACCCUGGGUUUUAAACCAGAAGGUCAGUAUGCAAACAAAACGUGGAUAGAAGUUUACGAAAUGGAAAAGAGCAUUAAAGAGGCCGCUCUUUGUAAAGCGGAAAAAUCCGAAAUUUGGGAAGAAUUUUACAGUAUUAAAUCAUCUUUGAAUUACUUAGUAACUAAUAAUAUAAACGGACCGGAAUUGGAAAAAAUCGAUUUGCAAGAAUUUUUUCUGGAUUCGAACAUGUACAAUCAGAAAAAACAAAAAAAUCGCGAGGAAUGUAAAAAAACUGAGAUAUAUUUGAAAGCUUUGAUCGAUGCUCAGAACGUGGUAACCGAAUAUGUCAAGAAAACAUAUUGGGAACCGAUGGGAGUGAAAGGGAAAGUAGUUAGAGGUAUUUUCCAAAGAACCAUAGCAACAAUUUACACUUUAUUACCGUACAACGAAGCAGCAGCGAAAAGAUUAGCUUGGGUCGAAGAACAGAGAAAAAUCGAAGAAUUUUUAUCGGUUCAUAGCGUCUUCGAACCUUGGUUGAAAUUAACUCCCGAAGAAUUAAUGAAUCAAUUGAAAUAUCGUCAUAAAUUCACUAAUCAAGAUUAUAAUACGAUGCAAGCGAGAGGAAUUCUCGAUGAAACGAUUUCCGCUCAAUUAUCGGUCGAAUCCCAAAUCGCCCUCGUAGGUUCCGUCGGACAAUUGUACAUCGAAAGAAACCCGUGGCAUUAUAAACAACGGCAACUGGUGUCGUUUUAUCAAUGCGAUCUUCAACAAGCUAUCGCGGAGCAAGAAGUGAUAAAACUGAAACAAACUUACAACAUAGCAUUCAACAAACUGGUGGAAUUGAAACAACGUGAAAUGGAAAGUAUCAAGGACAAACACGAAAGAUUACGUCAUAUUGUAAGAGAGUAUAAUUAUUUCACCGAAAAAAAAGUCUGUUUCGAUAUAGAAGACCCGGAAUGGACUCAAGAAGAAGAGCCAACUACAAUACUUACAACGGUAGAUAACGAAUUAACCGUUACGCCGUAUAUAAGUCCUAGCGAACAAGCCAUAUUGGACGCGAAAGCUGCAGAAGAAGAACGUAUACGUUUAGCUCUUUUAGCCGACGAUUUUAAGGAGAGGGCGUUGAUGGCUAUGAUGAAUGGAGUUUUGGAGAUUAAAUGGGAGGAUGAAAUAAAAAAAGACGUACCUCUACCGAAAUGUAUGUUGGAAAAAGAACCUGAAGAUUUUAACGAAGAGGAUCUCAGAGCCAUUCGGGAGUACGAAGAAAAAGUUGUGGCUCUCAAUAUCGAAAGGGAAAAAUAUAAAAAUAUAUUAGAAGUUGAUUUUACCAAGAUAACGACGUCGUUGAGGGAUUCAAUACGAAAAUUCAAUCAGAAGACGAAGGAUUGCGUCGAAUAUAAAAUGUACAUAGAUUCCGGUAUGAAUCAAGAAAAUUUGAGGAUAAAUAGAGCGAGAUCAAUUCAAAACGAAAGACUUAGAUUAUUCGAUAAAGAAGAAAGUAUCAACCAUUUGAUAGCGGAAAAUGAUUUGAUAAUAAGCCAUCUGAUCAACACAAUUAGAAAUUUAACAGAAAUUUUAAAUGAAUGUAAAAAUAAUUUAGAAAACUUUCUAUUGAAAGAGAAAAUUUUGGAAAAGGCUUUUAGGCGGGAUAUACAAGAAUUUUCUGCAAUUGUACAAGAACAUGCAAUAAAACUUUAUAGGAAAAGACCCAGAGCUAAUUUCCGCGGGAUAAAUACCGUGGCAGUUUUAAUGGAAUUGGCAAAAUGCGUUGUAACCCAAGAAAAAUCUCUUAUAUUAACGAACGAGUGUUACGAUUAUUUAAAAUCACUCGAUAUUCUCGACGAAUUCGCCGGUUUGCCACCGGCGAUCGACGAAAACAUUUUCAAACUAAUCUGUAAACACAGAAGAUUGAGAAUAGAAUUUGAAAUCAAGGCUAGAGGGACACAAAUGGAAGUGUCAGAUGGCGAGGGGGCUAUAGCUAAUUGUCAGAAGAGACUUGCAAACAAAAAAGAGAAAAAUUUGAAAUGGAUCGCCAGCAUAAGAAAAUGUAGAAGUGAUUACCUUUACCUUAUGCACAAUAUUCAAAUUCAAAUUGUUUUACGGAGAGGUUUAGUUGAAAUUCCACUUACGGGAGACAUGAAAGAUUUCCAGGACGCCAUAUUGGUACCGAAAAAGGAGGUGGAACAAAUAAAUCAUCUCAUAAAGGAUGCCGGUGAUACGAAAUUGAAGACCAUUGUACAAAAUAUGGCGUUUAGAAGAAGAAUAAUGGCUACGGAAUGGGAACAUAAAAAACUUCGUAUGACCAUAAACGAUUUAAUCGAACAAAUGAACGAUAUUAACGGAACUAAAUUUUUGCGAGACAUGCAGACCUACCUGAAAGGAAAGAGUAUGGGCAGAAAAACGGAUAUCGAUACGUUAGAACAAGAAAUGGAGGUUAUAGGUGCGGUAUUCGAAAAUAAUAUGAGAGAACGUAAAGAAAAAUUGAUGCAAGUGAAAAAACACCUGCGGACGUAUCGUAAUCACAACAAAAAACUCGACAAUUCCAUUCAAAAUUUGAAUAUCGAUAUUUGUGCACUUCGAUUGAAGCACGACGAGAAUUUAGAUGUAACCGAAGAACAGGCUAUGAAAGCAAAAAUGGAAGGAAUCGUCAAAAGGGCUGAAUUAGUACAAACAAUACAAAAAAAUCACAGCCAAAUAUUGGUGCUCCAAACCGAAUUAGAACUAUUAAGAUUACGAACCUAUCCUACUUUCAAAUAUAAAUUAAUAAACACCGAAGAGAAACCGUAGUAUGCUUGAAAGUAUUAAAAUAUUAAGUUGGCAAUAAAGAAUACGUUAGAGAG